CCGACACCGGCGGAGUGGCCUCAGGUGCAGUCCCUGGAGGACAUGAAGGCACAGGCCAAGGCCGCGCUCCACAAGCAGGAGGCCCAGACGAUGCAGACGCUGAAACGCGCAGCGCCCUCGGUCAGCGGGGGCCUUUGCUGUGUCUUCCUCCCUGACCGCGAGGCCUGCAAGAAGAUGUUCAAAAUAAUGAGCAAGGAAGGCGAGCCCCGCAACGUCCAGGUGACGGCGGCCGGCCUCCUCGGUGCCACCCGGUUCAAACAGCUGACCCCUGCGGGGCUUCUGGGUCGGAUGUGCCCCAAGUGCGACCGGGUGGCCGACUCGCCGGAGCACUUUCUCGAAUGUUGCGCCAUCUCGGGCCUCGACCGCCUGAGCGAGCCAGCCCGGGCGGCUGGCGAAGCUGUUCAGCUAUGUCACGUAUGAAACACUUGCACACCAAGAAGAACGAAAGCGGGAGGCGGCGCAAGAGGCGGCGGCGGGUCUGUCGCAGUGAGCCACCGCCGCCACGCCUUGCGCCCUACGAAUAGUUCUUCCGGCUACAGCCGGAUGUUCGUGGAGACGCUCCGGCAGCGCACCUCCCUAUGCACCGUAGUCUAAUUAUUCCGCGUCAGUGCACCUGGUGUGCGCCCUUCGAAUAAUGCUGCUAUAAGGAACCAGUGCGCGAAGCAGGUCCGCACAAUGCGCCCGUUUCCCUUCAUGCACGCUGUUCUCCUUCUGCUUCCACUCUUGAUGUUGUGCGUUGCGUUGAAGGGUCUUGUUACGUCAGGCUCCCACAACAGAGUUGUCAGGCGGAUCUUUGCGAGUAUAGCAUGGUCAAAGAGCGAGCACCGUCUCUGUUUGAAACAAGAAGCGGAUCAAAUACAAUACAAUGUAGAAGUCAUCAACUGCAAUUUUUUUUACGGAAUAGACUCUAGUUGUGGUAGGUGUUUGAUGAUCAGGAGAGAAUUGAAUCUGAAAUUCGAUUUCGAACCACGGAG